GGCCGCGACACUUUUGUCUGCGUCGCCAGCGGCGCCCAAGAGCGAUCUCUUGCCAACCGAUCCAGGCGCCGGUCGUCGAGGCGAUCAUCUGCAAGGCGGUCCUCGAGCAGCUCAAUCGCCCAGAAACGACCCCGCCCUGACCUUGUCGCCCAAAGGAACGAUCGCACGAUGGCAAACCGGACUGCGACCCAUGCUGUUGCUCUCCACGGAACCAACCCCCAGUUCCUGAUUGAAAAGAUCAUCCGAACGCGCAUCCUCGACACCCUCUAUUGGAAGGAGCAGUGUUUCGGAUUGUCCGCGGAGACCCUGGUCGACAAAGCCGUGGCACUCAAGUACAUCGGAGGGCAGCAUGGCAAUCAAAGACCGACCGAGUUUCUGUGUCUUACCCUGAAGCUGCUGCAACUCCAGCCAGAGAAGGAGAUCAUCCAGCUGUUUAUCGAGGACGAGGAAUUCAAAUAUCUACGCGCCCUGGGUGCAUUUUAUCUGCGCCUGACAGGCACGUCUGUAGAGAUAUACAAGUCACUCGAGCCACUCCUGCUCGACAAGCGCAAGUUGCGACGACGAGGAAUGAAGGGAUACGAUCUGACCUUCAUUGACGAGUUUGUCGAUGAGCUGCUCACGGCCGAGCGCGUAUGCGACACAAUCUUGCCGCGGAUAACAAAACGACAUGUGCUCGAGGAACUCGGCGAGCUGGAGCCUCGAGUGAGCCCGCUCGAGAGCGAACUGGGCCAGGAUCUUCUCGACAGCGAUCGGGAGAGUCCAGAUCCUGCCCCGGCAGAACACUCGGCGCAAGAACACGGCAGCGAUGAUGAUGGUGGCCGCAGAGGGCCGGACGGUGGCCACGACAAGAGACUGCCGGACGACCAGUCGCCCAAAUCAUCCGACUACAAGGAUCGCCGGGACUCAGCACGGGGACGAGAUCGCAGCACGAGUGCAGAUCGUCGCCGCGACCGCCGCCGAAACGAAAGCCGCGAUCGACACAGGUCGCCGUCUCGCGAUGGGUCCCGCGACCGAUACAGGGACCGCGGGUACGAUCGAGACCGCAAUCGCGAUCGUGAUCGUGAUCGCUAUCGACGACGCAACGACAGCCGCGACCGAAACCGCAGUCGAAUCCACAGUCGCAACGACAGCCGAGAACGCCGCAGAGAUCGCAGCCGCGAUCGCGAACAGAGUCCGGAACGAUACCGCAGCCGAAACCAAGGCCGAGCCCACAGCGCUGAGCGCCGCGAUUCAAGUCGUGAUCGAACUCGGGACAGAGAGCGUGACAACCGGUCCAAGAGAUCGCCCUCUCGAAGCACCAGCCCUGGUCGGUCCCGCAGCCGCGAAGAUGCGCGUGCGCACACCCGGGAAGAUGGCGAGGUCGACGAAGCCCUCCUGGGAAGCUCGGCCGGAAAGAAGAGCAAGAACUGGUCGUCCAAGAAAGUCAGUGGGCUGUUCAAGAAGAAAUCCGGGGACGACGAGAAGAGUCGGAGCGCCAAGCCGGCCGGAGCAAGCGCAGGCGGAAGCGAAGGCACCUUCCGGGAAUCGAUGUCGAUCGAAGAGACCAACAAGAUGCGUCUGUCGCUGGGGCUCAAGCCCCUGCAGGCCUGAACAGCAAGGCGGUGGCAGACAGAGGCACGAUGCCAUGUCAUGUUGAUGGCGGGCACAUCGCAGAGGAACGCCGAAAUACAGUCCUUCCGUCCCACGGA